AUCAAAACAAUCAACAAUAACAUUACUUUUGAAUCAUCAUUUUCAUGCAAUUAAACCUUUAAGUUUUGUUUCUAAUUUUCGUCUGUUGUAUUAGUAAUUGGUCCUUUCUUUAGAUUUGUGAUCGACUGAAAAAAAAUUUCUGAAUCCCUCGCAGAACAUGGGAAAUUUGUUUGGAAAAUCAACUAAUAAAACCAAAGUGAGCAGAGUGACCGAACAAGAUAAAGCUAUUCUGCAACUUAAACAACAACGAGACAAACUGAAACAAUAUCAAAAACGGAUAGAGCUACAAUUGGAAAAGGAUCGUGAAAUGGCAAAAAAAUGUUUGGCAGCGGGACGAAAAGAGCGAGCAAAAACUUUACUGCGUAAGAAAAAGUACCAGGAAAAACUGCUCACGAACGCCGACGCGCAAAUCGAAACGAUAGAAAAGCUUGCCUCCGAUAUCGAGUUUGCACUGGUAGAAGCACAAGUCGUUAGCGGCCUUAAGGUAGGCAACGAAGCGCUGAAAAAAGUCAACGAGAUGCUGUCGAUCGAAGAAGUGGAACAAAUUCUGGAUGAAACGCGCGAAAGUAUUGAAAAGCAACAGGAAAUUGAUUCGCUGCUCAACGGAGUUCUAACGGAGGAUGAUGAGGACGAUGUUUUGGCUGAGCUGGAACAACUUGUGAGCGAAGAAAACGUGGAAGAUCGGUUGGACGUCGAACCGGAAGAUAUAGUUCAACGGCUGCCAAAUGUCCCGGAAGAUGACCCAGUGCGUGAAAAGAAGCGAAAAGAAAAAGAUACUGAACGGUCCGCGAAAAAAGUUGCCGUGGAGGCAUAAAUGAAUAGAUGUAUCAAAACGACGCGGAAUGUUUCGUCCAAGGUUAACGAUUGCACAUUUGACAUGGAGGUUGUGCACCACGAACUUCAAUGGCUUCAUAAUGUGCUACAUAUUUUAUAUACGCUACAAAUCAACUAGCGUUGGCGAAUGAUUAACUACACUGUAGAUAUGGUCUUGCAAAUAAAUUACUUAUUUAAA